ACGGCACGACACGGAGGGGACGCUGCAAGGGCGAGCUACGUUGGUGUGAUGACGUCCAUUAUUGUUGCAAGAUAUCUUGCUUGAUCUUGUGCAGAAUGUGCGCGAGACGUCGAUUUAACAUUUAUAUUGAAUAAAACGUUUAGUUCGUAAUUAUUAGAUCAGUGAUUUGAUUUGUGCGUUUAGUGCGUUUGAAUAGAAGUCGACAAAAUGGAUUCGAAAUACGACCAGAAGUUCGAGGAGAUGAAGAAGUAUAUACCAUUCUUGGAGGACAUGAUCAAGAGACUGGAGUCCACAAGCCAGGGGUCUGCCAAUCCUCGCCAAGCCCAACUCGAUAAGAUCCGGUCUUUAAGAGACCUGCUCUUGAACAAAAAGAAAAGAAUGAAAAUGGAGAAUUUACUAAAAUGUGAACAAGUUCUCAUUAAUUUGUACGCGAAAGUGGAACAGAGGGAUACAAUAUCGACUAUUAAAAAAGCGCCUGAUCCGGGACUUUCUAAAGACCCUCCACAAGAAAAGUCAAAGUUAGAAGUAGUUAGAAAUAAGCUCAAGAGUGUGGUAAAACGACAAGACGAGGAAGUUCAGGAAACGUUGCCCGAGAUCUUGAGGGUAAAUGAAGUUGAGGAAGUACACACUGCAGGUUCUAAAGAGCCAGCACUAUUCCAGAGAAGGCCAAAUAGAUCUCCAUUGUCACCAACGCGCUCUCUAACAAAGGAGGGAAGACUUUCUCCUCCAUCUUCAGCUUCUAAGAGGAACUACACACGAGUCUUGUUGUCGCCAGAUCGUGAGGCACGACGGUGGUCUACGUCCGAAUCGACUGAUGAUAAACCACUCUUUAGUAGGCGGUCACCUCGUAGGUCUCCUAGAAGACGUUCCCCCGCCUAUCAUAAAAGAGAAAGAAAAAAAUCCUUCAAAGAGUCUAAAGAUUUAAACAUCACAUUAAAUGUACCGGAGGAUAGUUUGAGCACUUUAAACACUAAGGAUAUAUUUACUAGAAUAAUUAACUGUAGCGAUGGUGAUGUAGACAUUGAUACAUUACGCGUGUUGCGGAAGCAGAUUCUUACUGAACUUAAAAAGACUGGCGCUAGAGACGACAUAUCAGACUUAAUAUUAAAGUCUUAUAGUAAGAAAAAAGGGAAAUCUAGGAAAAAGGAAGAAGUUGAAGAAGGUGAGCUAUCCGAUAGCGAAAGCGAAGUCAUUCAAAAUCUUUAUGGCAAUUUAAGCGGUAAUUUAGUCCUUAAAGAUCAAAACGACGCCAAAACUUCCUCGGAUAAAGAUAAAGCCCGAAAAAUUCAGAUUUGUCUAGUAAUCAAUUCCGAUAAGGAUAACAAUGAUGCUCAAACAAACAAAGUCACAGAUUUGCCAAAUAAUUCUGACACAUUGGAAUUAGAAAUGUACAAUGCCGAAAGCAAAGAGGAUAAGCAAACUGCGUCCAAUAAAGAAGCGGAUCAAAAACAAUUAAUAAAAAUAGACGACGGUGAUGAUAAUGAUAACGUGGAUGAUAAAGCUGUACCUCAUGAACAGAAUACGGAAAAUCAAGUUAAAGAGAAUCAGAGUACUUUAAAAGAAAUGAAAAAUAUUAGUGAUACUGAUGUUAAGUUACAACAACCAGCGGAAGAGUGCAAACAUGAAAAACCAGUUACAGAACCUAUCCAAAACAAAGCAAAUUUUUAUAAUCCUACUGAUUCUGCUGUUGACGACGAAAAGAAGUUAGAAGAAGAGAACGUGGUUUUACCCGCUGACACACAAAAUGUAACUAACAUCAAAACUGAUCCUAAAUCUGAGACUACCAGUUCGGAUGUUUCUGUAUCUAGUAAUAAAGUAUGCCAUAUUGAUGCAGAAUUACAGAAAAUGGAGAAACCAGUAGAAAUACCAUUACUCAAUGAGCCUAUAAUACCUGAAACUUCAACGAAGAAUACAGUUUCAGAAAUAGAUAUAUUACAAGCUCUGAAAAAAGAAAUACUCAGUGAGUCUAUAUCAAUCCCCGGGGCCGAAGCGUCUACGCCUCUUUUACACCAACCUAAAUUAAAUAAAGUGGAAAGUGCCAAAGAAAUUUUUACCAAAAAAAAGAAAAUAUCAAUAGAAAACUAUAAGCAAAAGAUUGAAAGUUCCAUACGAUUUUAUGUUCCCGAUAACGACUCAAAAGACGACCUUGUUAAGAAACCUAGUCUGAAACUGACAGAGAAAGAAUGUGAAAGGUUUAAUUUCCCAAAAAUGUCUUUUGAUGAGGACAGUUCAGGUGAAGAAGAAAGUGAGAUCAAAGCUAGCGAUGUAUACAGCGACCUCGCUCCUACAUCGCCUGACCGUGAAGAGUCUGCUACUGUUGGAUCAAUACCACCAGUAAUAAUACCUGUCGACCCGGUGAAAGCAGUACCGGUAGCUAACAAAGUUGAUGUAGACAUGAGAACUUUGCCACUCCUAUCUCCCAAUCAAAAUAAACAACCCACCACCAAUGCUACAAAACCCUUAAGUAACGAGGUUAAGAUGGCUCCAACUAAAAUCGACACUAAAAUUAUUGAUCAAAGCAAAUGUCAAAACAGACCUACAGUACUGGACCCUCGUAUAAGACGGGACAUCAACUCCAGCCAAAGUCCUAGUCCACAUACUGCUGAUAGAUCAAGGUCGUCAGCUUUUACAAAUGUAAAUCAAAGUCCCGCAACGAAUGCGUCUAUGACACCUAAUUCUCGUUCAUAUGAAAUGACUCCCAAUCAUCAAUCAUUUGACCAUGAUCAAGCAAAGACAAAGCACGUAUAUAUGCCAUCAUUCAGUAUGUUUGAUUCACGAGAAAGAGAAAACUCAGUUUCAAGAGAGUCCCGAGAGAAGGUUGAACGUCCAGAGUCAAGAAAAUCACGUUUUGAAGAUAUUGGAGACUCCAGUUGGAGCUCCAGUGACGUACCAAAUGCACGAUAUAACGACAGUUACAAAGGGCAAAAGACUGACAGAUACAGGCUGGAUAAUCGUGAUUCCUACAAGAGAACAGAAAGUCACAUGACACCUGUUCAGACUUUUGGAAGAUCGUCUGAUGGGCCAAACACGUCGACCCAACAAUUUAGUAGAUUAGAUAAACCGAUGACUCCUUCGCAUCCAUUUGGGAGAUCCGACUGCCCUACUACACCAAUUCACAGCUUCGGCAGGUCAGAAUGUCCACCGACGCCUAGUCACCCUUUUGGGAGAUCAGAAUGUCCUCCUACUCCAAGCCAUUCUUUUGGAAGGUCAGAAUGUCCUCCUACUCCAAGCCAUUCUUUUGGAAGGUCAGAAUGUCCUCCUACUCCAGGCCAUUCUUUUGGAAGGUCAGAAUGUCCUCCUACGCCAAGCCAUUCAUUCGGAAGGUCAGAAUGUCCUCCUACGCCAAGCCACUCAUUCGGAAUGUCAGAUGGCCCUUCUCCGAAUCAUCCAUUCUCAAUUCAAUCGACAUUCAUGAACAUGGAAUGCCCUACAUCUACUCCUAGCCACUCAUUCGGCGUGACGGACUGUGCACCGACGCCUAAACCAUACUAUGAUUAUGGAAGAAAUGAAUGUCCUCCAACCCCAAACCACGCAUUUGGUAGAUCAGAACAUCCUAAAACUCCCAGCCAUCCCUUUGGUCGAUCGGAUACGCCCAACAUGUUCGGUAGAAACGACUGUAAUGCACAAAAAUAUACCAAGGAUCCGAGACUUAAUAGAAAACCAGAAUAUGAUUCGCAUUCCCAAUUCGAUGAAAGAGAUCGUGGAUAUUAUAAAGACCGCGGUUACUAUCGCGGGGGUUCCUAUAAAUCUCAAAAACCAUUAAGCGUACCGGACUCUUAUCAAAAUCAGGACAGAGAACGAGGCAGGAAUAGCACCUACAGGUACUAUGCGCCUGAACUAAGUGGACGUCAGUUGAAUAAAGAUCAAUCAAGGCGUGAACCAAACGUUGGUGGUCCAAUACCCAGAGAUUACGAUAAUCGUAGAAAUUUCUACAAAGAAUCAAGAGGCUAUGACGAUGUCUCACAGCGGAACCAGCGCGAAAGAAGUGUUGGGCGUAACGUUUAUCCAGAAAAUAACCGCGAAGUAAGUGUUGGACAGCACAGUCGCCGCCAUGAAGGGAAUUUUAAUCAGUCAUUGACUAGAAGACCAAGUGUAGUAGCACCUAUUCCCUUGGAACCGGAGAGUAAUACACUGUCAAUCAAACCACACGCCGGCCGUUCGUUCGCCAUAGAUACCAGCGUUAACGCUACAUUCCAGAAGUUCCUAGAGAGAACCCGAAAAAGUCAAGCAUGUGAAGAUAAUUUUGAUGCUCGAAGAAAAAGAGCAUCCAGUGUGGGUCGGUCGUUAGUUCCAGAAUUCAGUGGCGGGAGAAUAUCCGACGACUCAAAAAGAAACUUCGAAAUCAACAAUAAACGAGAACUUUUUAGAAGGGCAUCAAGCGUGGGAAGAGAUCUGAGAUCAGAUUCCCCUGCAGAGAAAAGGAGCUUCCAAGAAAUAAAGGCUGAAUUCAAAACAUAUAAACACCCUGUCAAAGACUUUAAUAAGUUUGAUACUGGUAAAAUACGAAAUAUUGAUACAAAAUCGAAAAAUUCUGCAGAUAAUGUUGUUCGUAGUAGAAAAGAUUAUUAUGAGCAAUAUAAAAAUGAAAAGCGGAUUCCAAAGUCUAAAACUUUUAACUACGUAGAUCCGGCGACGCGUAAAUUAAAUAAAUUAAGAAAUAAAUAUGGCGAGGAUCCUCGACAGAGGAAAAGUGGAAUAGUAUAUUCAAAUGAUAAUAUUGUGAAGGGCGCUAUUUUAACACCUGGCUACGGAGUAAAAAAUUACAAAAUUCCUAAAAUCAAACGCGUAACUGAGGAAAAAGAAGUGAUUCCUAAAAUUGAUGAACCUGUACAUAAAAAGGAUGAUAUAGAAAAAGAAAAGAAGAAUACCGAGAAAAAAAAGGAAGAAGAAGAAUUAAUUAAAAAUAAAUCAAACUAUAAAAAUAAGGUAACUUCGAAGCAAAACGAUAAAAACGCACAUUCAGGUUUAAAGGAUAGUGAAACAGCUAAAAACAAGGAAAUAAAAAAGGGCAAAAAUAAAGAAAGCGAUGUUAAAUCUGAUUCUGAAACUGACCAAAGUCAAACAUCUGUUGAUAGUACGAGUAAGUCGGAGGAACAGGUAGGAAGACGGAGAACAAGAUGGAGUACUAAAGUGGCAGCUUCAAAUACGGAGGGAAUUAGAAAAACUAAAAAAAGUCGGAUUUCAAUUAUAAGCGAUUCCGAAUCUGAUACAGAUACGAAAGAUUCCAAAACUGAUACACUUGAUUCAGAUAUUAGGAAAUCUGUAACACCUGUCAGCAGUCCUAUAAAAGAGAAAACAGUACCGAAACAAACGAACGCUAUCGAUAUUCAUACUAACUUUGGGUUAGAGUUGGAAAUGUUCUCCGACAAUGUAGUUUCUGAUCCUGUACUCGAUAAUAUUAAUGCGCUAAUUGCAGACCUCGAUAAUGACCUUGAUAGAUCUAAAAACGAAGCUAGUAACAAAUUUACUAAAGAAAUUACGGUUGAGAACAUGAUGCAAAAUAUCACAUGUCCUCAAGAUAAUGCAAGUACAGAAGAGAUUUCUAAAGUUCUCAAUAUAAAUGAGUUGCCCAUAACUGAUAAGAAAGUUCCUGUAGUUUCUUUAUCGGACACAAUUAAAACUAAAGAAACCGAAGGAAUUACAGAAAAAACAAAAAUGACUGACUCAAUCUCCAAACUUGACACUACAAACUCUUCCGAUGUUGUAUCCUUGCCAAAAGGCGCGGAGAAAGAUACAGAGGAUGAAAGUAUGGAUACAGAUAAACCUACUAACGUUGAUAUUGUGUCUACUACCGACACUGAAAAAGAAAAAAUACCCAUUGAUGAUAAAUCUAAAAUAGAUGAACGCAGUAUGGAUGGCUGUUCCACUCCAGACAGCACUAUUAAUACUGAUGAUGUUUUAGAAAAAUCUAAAAAUGAUGAAGUUGUAGUGGACAGCACAAAUGAAGAAGUGCAAAGCGAAACUAAUGUGACUUCCACGGAUUCUGAACCAAAACCUAGUUCAUCGCGAACAGAAACAGCCCCUUCAGAAUUAGACAGUUUACUAACAAUUUUACAAGAUAAAUCUUUGAAUGACUUACUUAAGAAGUUAACUGAUAAAACCGAUGGAAAAACUAGAAAAAUGCUUGAGAAAAUAAGUAAAAUAGUGGCUGAUGAUGAACCUGAUGAAAAAACGGAAGAAAAAGGCGAAAAUAAAAUUGAGAUUUCUUUUGCUGCUAAUGAGAGUAGCUGCAUUGAUAAUACUAAAGCCAACGAAAAGAAAAUAGUAUCAGAGUUACUAUUAGAUAAAAAUGAAGAGAAAGAAUCGAAAAAAGUAAAGGAUACUCAGUGUAACACGGAGAAAGAUCAAUCUAAUAAAGAGGAAGAUACUGAAUCUAGAAAAGAAGAAGACAGCAAAUCGACCGUAGAAGAGACUCAAUUAAAUAAAGAUGAAGAUAUUAAAUCGAAAGGCGAAAACCAGGAAAAUGAUGAAAAUCAGGAUCAUGAUGAGAGUUUCGAAGAUUUUGUCGGGGAUGAUAGUAAUGAAGAAGAAGAUACAAGUGAGCAAGUGUCUAAAACGAGAGGUAGGAAAAAAAUGCCGGUAAAAAAGACAAAAUACGCCAAGAAAGGGAAACGUAAAUACACUAGAAAGACGACAAUGGCUGAAAAACGAGUCACUCGGGCUAGCGCUGCUGUUGUGACCCAGAAAAAGAAUAAAAAGCCACCUCGGGAAUUACAAAAUCUUCACGCAGACAUCAAAGAAAUGUACGACAGAGAUGAUAUUUUAAGCGCCACCGGCAUUCGAAUGUGUCGUUUAGCAAAAAUGGUCCAUGACAAAUCACCUCCAAAGGAUGAUGUAUUACCUGAGGUGGAACCUGUCGUUGUUUUAGAAAAGUUUAAGAAUAAAGUUCCCGAAUCCGACAAAAUUCGUGACCAACCUAUUCCUGAAAAAGUGAGAAAGAAGCCUGGACCUAAGCCUAAACCUAAAGUAUCUACUGAAAGUCUGCCUGAACCAGAAAAGGGAAAAUAUAAACCUGGGCCUAAAUCCAGGAUAAAAAGUAAACGAGAUUCAGAUCCUUACGACUUCGAUACGGAAUCAUUGGAUACGACUACUGAAAAAGCGAGUGAUGAUGACUCCGAAGACAGUUCGGAUUCCGAGGUAGGGUCUCUGGCGUCUUCAAAGAGCUUCGGCAGCAGCGAAGUUUUAUCCGAAAUUAAGAAAAAGACUAAACGUAAACGACGAGGAGGUUGGCAAGAUGGCGUGAUUAAACCUAAACAUAAAAAGAAAAAAGUUGAGACCAAAGUGGAUAGUACUCCUGAACCUAUGGAUACCAAUUUGACUUCAGAGAAACAAAGUGCGAUACAGACAAGCAUUAGCUUUACAGACAGACUCUAUUGUUUCAGCAAAAAUGAAUCUGUUUAUUCUUGCCGUCUAUGUCGCUAUACUGGUACCGAUAUUGUGCAUCAUUAUAAAACUGAGCAUCCACACGUCGAAAUUCCAUUAUCACGUAUGGCUCCAGCAGUAGCGAAAGAAGCAAUUGAUCAGUGCAAAGAAAUUGACUUUAGAGCUGUUAGCAAAAUAUCUUCAGAUAAAUAUAUUUGUAUUUUCUGUUAUCAAGAGUUUCCUAAUAGUAAUUCUGUUCUGGAAACAUUCUUUUGGCACGUAGUAAGCAUGCAUACCGGUGAAUACAAGCACCGUUGCUCCGAGUGCCCGAAGGAAAAGCACUGCCCUUAUAGUUUGGAUAUCCCACCGCCCCCAAAAGACACCAAAGGUCAACUCACUGGUUACAUUUGCAAGAAAUGCAAUUUUACACAAUUGUCUGUUGAAAAUCUUAAAACGCAUGUCAUCCAACGCCAUAAUGAUGAACAGACUUUUGUUUAUAAUAUUAAUUUAUCUGCUAUGUCUAAAAAGGAAUUGAAGGAACUGUCACGACGCAGUGAAUUAUCUAAAAAACCCGCAGUAGACACUGCUAAGAUAAGUGAAGAAACUAAAGACGAGGACACAAAGCAUGCUAAUGUAUCAGAUGUUUCGAAACUUAAAUCCACGAUAAAGACGAGUGCACUUGCACCUAUUCAGUCUAAGAUAACGUUUGAAACUGAUGACAACGCCGGGGAGUUUUCGGAUUUGGACAAACCUGUGGAAGCCACUAUCAAAAUUGAGCAAAUUGAAACAGAAAAUACGGAUGAUGUCGCACGAGAUCCUCCAUCUGAUAAUAUAAGUGAAACUGAGCGAAUAAGAGAAGAGGAACAAGCUGUUCAGUCCAAACAGCAAGAACUGAUAUCUAGUCCAACAUCGGCACUCAAAGAUUCCAAUCGAACUUCCAAUGAUAUAGUCGACUAUCCCCAUUUCAAAAUCAACAUUACAGAAUCAGGUGCCAAGGAAUAUAACUGUUGCAUCAACGGCAAGGACAAACACUUCAAGACUACUCUUUUGAUUUCACUGAAAAAGCAUGUCCAACUCAAACAUUCGGAGAAUUGGGACGGAUACUGCUACGUUUGCAAAGUUAUUGUCACGCCACAAGGAGCGCAUACAUUCAAGGACUGUUUACAACAUUAUCUAGACAAACAUAUGGACAACUUCCCUCUUAUGGAAAAGGAAACAUUGCCUGAAGUUACAAAUGAACCGGCAAAACCGGACGAAAAUCCGGCUCCUCAGCCGUAUAUUAACGUUCGACCUAUUUAUGAACUGAUACCCACCGCGGAUGAAGCCGCUAAAGAAGUUCCGAGUUUCCCUAUAAUACAGAGCGUAGUAAGUCUAGGAGCCGCAGACCCUCCGCUACCGAGUCCCACCUACCCGACAAUGCGACAAGAGGUCAAGUCUAAAGAAACAUUCAAAUACGAGGAGGCGCAAGCGCUAGUGAUGUCGAACAAGCACCGCGUGGUACUUGAAACUAUGAUGGCGCGAGAUAAACUGGUGAAAGUGUAUAAAUGUGCGGGUAGAUUCUGCUCGUUCACGUCUGACUCGCUUGAAGACGCGCUGCUUCACGCGUCUACGCAUCAGCGUAUCGGAGGGGUGGAUGCUUUGAACUGCUCUUACUGUGACUUCAACGCUAUGGGCAAUGCUAUUGACUUGGUGAUGCACGUGUUUAAAGAGCACGGUCACUGCCAGUACUCGUGCGGGCAGUGCUUCUACCGCGCGGCCGCAAGCCAGUCCGUGGGGGCCCAUGCGACCCGGGUGCAUGGGGCCGCGCCGGCUGCCACUAAAGUGCUGCGGACCACCAUGGUCACUCCUAACGCCGUGUCUGAAGGCGCUAUGCUGACUCGGGAACAAGCCGUGCCGUACUACGUCUGUGCCAAUGUGGAAGCCAAUGGGAAAGCAUGCAAGUUCCGCACCUACACUCCGGAUAAAUUUUGUGAACAUUUACAACAGAAGCACAGCGUUGCAACAUCAUAUCCUUGCUAUAUAUGUAAAUCUGACCAACCAUCCCCAUCGGAGCUGGUGGUACAUAUGAAGUCCCACGGCCUCAAGCUGUACCAAUGUACCUGGUGCGUCCUCGGCGCUAACAAUGAGAGCGAACUGUUGGCCCAUGUGUCUAUGGUCCAUCCUUCGAAACAGCCACAAGCAUACCUCAGAAUUAUCACCAAUAAGGAGGGUUCGAACGAGCUGCGAGUGCUGCCUCUAGCGUUCCUGAACAAACUGAAAGUGCCCACUGAUGACGUGACUCCCAGCGCCACCAGGGAGAUCCCGGAGCGAGAGGCCGAACGCUCCAUAGACUUGGAGAAACUCAUCGGCCUUACCAUGCUGGUGGAGCCGCAGGAGCCCAGCGAACCCGCGGCAAACACAGAGUUCACUGAACAUUCGGACCCCGACCCUGAACCUAUUGAGCCAACACCGCCUGUCGAACCCCCGGUGGAGCAACUAUCUCACUUAAAGUCUAUGCUUCUUAAACCUUCAAUUUUGAGUGCAACCCCAGGACCGAGUCAGCCUGAAGAGCAAACGCCUGUAGUUCCUACCGCUCCCGCAGUCGAUCCACCGGCCAGCACGUCUCCGCCUCCGCGCGUCAAGACUGAAGACGUGGAGCCGCCCGCGCCGCUGCCCAACGACGUCGUGGUGCUCGACAGCGACGACGACGAGCCGCGACAGCCGGUCAUCGACCUCUCCGAGGAAGAAGCCAACACCGCCAAGAUAGCUUCUGACAGAGCUAUUUCUACCUGUCCUAAAUGCAUACAAGUUUGCAAAUCACACUCUGGCUUGAAGAAACAUUUGUUCUACUGUUAUCCUAAUAAAGAAGAAGGCUGUCGUUGCCCCCAUUGCCCCUACAUCGCCAGCAACAGAGACAACAUUCUGCAACACUAUUUAGACGACCACGGCGCCAAAGACUAUGCUAACAGCCAGAAGCGUUUCCAGUGCGGCGUGUGUCUCGUGCAGCUCGCGUCCGUGUCCGCCGUCAAGAAACAUCUCCGCACCAUACACAAGGAGAAAGACUUCGUAGUCACCUCCACCGCGAACAAGGCCUUCACCAACGUCGUGGUCAGUCCAGCGAAGCCGGAGAGGAGGGAACUGCCCAAGAGGAAGCUCAGCGGCAACGAGACGACGCCGAAGCGUCGGUUCGGCCCUCAGGACAUACACUCGCUGCCGAUCAACCCGAUCCUGGAGCAGCUGGUGUUCUGCGCGGUGUGCGAGUUCAGCACCAAGGUGCGGCUCAACAUGGUGCGGCACCUGCAGCUGCACGCCGAGCAGCUGCCGGCCGCCCACUCCGCGCCCGUCAACCCCGUGCCGCACCUCGAGACCAACGAGAAGCACUUCGACAAGAUGCUCAACCUCGCCUCCAGCUCGCUGGGCCCGCGCCCGCCCGAGCGUCGCGAGCCCGCCGAGCGGCCGCCGCCCGCCCUGCGCAUGCCGCCCGAGCUCGUGCCGCGCUACCCGCGCCACGUGCCCGCCCGCCGCCGCAACACCUGCGGCGCGCAGGGCUGCGCCUACACGUCGGUGGACGAGCCCAUGCUGCGCCGCCACUGGGAGGCGCUGCACGAGGGCCAGGCCGCGCUGCACUUCCGCUGCGUGCACUGCCCCACCACGCAGAUCACCGACCGCUCCAAGCCCAUCACGGCCGCCCGCGUCUUAGCACAUCUCAAAAUGCACGACGAGAACCUCUACGCUUGCUCCAAAUGUAACUUCUAUCACUACAAGCGAGAGGCUUUAGAGAGACAUCUGACCGAGACGCAUCCCAACGGUCAGCUGAUGAUCGUGCGCGAGAGCCCUGCUGCUGCGGCUGCAGCAGCAGCGGCGACGGCAGCACAGGCGGCGCAGAACGUCGCGCCCACCAUGGACCUGAAGCCCUGGCAGUGUGGCUUGUGUGAAUUCAAGAGCAUGUUGCGUCCCGAGGUAGUGGAGCACUGCUCGAAGGUGCACCAGUCUAAGAUGCAGUUCAGGUGCGGCUACUGCCCGUACCGCGCGUCGGCGCUGGGCGCGGUGCAGCGCCACCUGGCGCACUCGCACGCGGGCGCGGCGGAGGACGUGCUGCACUACUACUACCGCCACGGACAGCCGCCCGACGAGCCCGACGGGACGCCGCUGUGGCUCAAGCAGCGACACAAGAUCGUGCCCACCUUACCUGAGGUCAAAACUGAGGAAGAUCCCCCGGAGCCGACGCCUGCCACGCCGGAGCCACCGCCCGUCAACCUGGACUUGGUGAAGAAGGAAGUGGUGGAGCCUGCAAGUGUGGCGGCGGAGAGCAUCGAGGUGCUCUGCAUGAGGUUCGGCAAGUUCUGCGAGCCCAACGGCAUCAAGUUCAAGUGUCCGCUGUGCACCGUCAUCUAUGAGGACACCAGGGAAGCGAUGCAGUCGCAUUUGUUCGAAGAGCUGCAGUAUAGAAAAUGGGGUUGCGGUCUCUGCAACUACAAAGCGUUCCACAGAGCCGGUCUGACUGACCAUAUGACAUCCGAGCACUUCAGACAAUAUGACCACAUCCAGCUACCCAUUGACGUGAACAAAGAACUCUGGGUCGCUGCCCAGUUAGACCACCAACAAGCUAUUAUAGACAAGUAUAAAGCCAACUUAUCGCAGCAGAAGAUUAUUGUGGAACGGAACAAGCCUGUUCUUGUCAUACAAACUCCACCUACUGUGGAAGUGGUUGAGAAGUAUUCUGCAGCCCAGUUGCAAGAGGCAUUCGGUGAAUUUGGAACGCCAAUGCAUAUGAUGUACUGCUGUCCCAAGUGUCGGUUGACCUUUAAAGAGGAGCAGGUCAUGAAGGACCAUAUGGAAGUGGAGCUUAAUAAGAUUAGAUGGGGCUGCACAAAUUGUUCGGACAAGUACCAGACAUAUCAUGAAGCGCAAUUCCAUUGCAAAGGCCACGACGGCCCCUCCAGACCCAAGGAGGCCAUCCGGGACCCCUCCAUGCGGGCCGCCUGGGUCACCAACCUUAUCCUGGCGCAGAAGAGACUGCUGCAAGCCACGCCCUCCGAGCCAGCCACGCCGACCAGCUCAGAACCACCAACACCUGAAAAAACCGCCCCUGAACAUGAUAAUUCACUACUUGUCGUGCGUUACGAGGAGCGAGUUCCCACUCCUGAGGUCCUCCCCCCCAGCCGCAAGCGUCCCGCGCCCGAGAGUGACGACGAGCGACUCGUCAUCGACGAGGUCGGACCCCGCAAGCGAACCGACCGGCCCUGUCCGCACUGCCCCUUCUACAGCAAGUACUACCAGACCUGGAAGGAACAUGUGCUCAAACACUUCAACCUCAAACCAUACACGUGUAGCUAUUGCGACUUCACCAGCACAUACAGGCAGGGCGUCGCUACUCACUUAGCGAGGAACCAUCCGGGACAACCCGCCCAGAUCAAAACUACACCCAUACCACAAACGCCUACAGCUGCAGCCAUACAACUCAUACAGCCUAUACCUAUAUCUGCAGACGAGGACGUGCCCAAACUAAUAUGCUUACACUGCGACCGAUCGAUACCGGAAAACGAAGUAGACUCGCAUUUGCACGAAAACAUCAAGCCCGAUUUCGCCAAGAAGGGCGAUGUGGUCGUGAAAUGUUGCAUUUGCCUGGUUCUACGCCUCGACGUGGCAUCCUUGCAGGAGCAUCACAACUUAGCUCACCCGGGCGUUCCCAUGAACUACGCGCUGUUCAAGCUACACUACGAUACCAGAGAGAUCCACUACUGUGCACAUUGUGACGAUACGGCCUUCAAGUUCUUAAGAGACCUGAGGACUCACCACAACGCCGCGCAUCCGAUGCUUCUCUUCAAGUACACCACUGUGCCGUAUCACAGUGACGACGGCAAGAAGAAGGAGUCGUCCCCGCCUCCGCACAAGAGAUGUGCCAGGAAGUCUACCACCAAGCUCCCCGGAGGCAAGACUGUUGCCAAGAAGUCUACGACUAAACUACCUUACAGUGUUCCCAGUACCUCAGAAGACGGCUAUUCCUUCUAUAAUACAAAGCCUGAGCCUCUAGACAAAUAUGCCAAUGUGACUACUCUCAUGUCAUUCUGCAACAGAAUGAUGCCAUUUACUUUGAAAAAGUUGAGUGAGAUCAUUAACAUAGAACCUAAAGUCAUUGUCCAAGACAUCCAAGCUGAUAACCAGUGAUAACUGUUAAAGUGAAAAUUUUGUGAAACGCGGACAAACUGUUAUGAACAAUCAAUUAUCUUAGUUUAGUUCUUAACUUAGGAGUUUAAUUGUGGUCGGAUUUGUGUAAGAUUUGAGUCGCUAAGCGAUAAGACGUUUGAUUUUGACUUAAGACUGAUAUGCAUAUUAAUUAGUGCGAGUGAUUAUAAUUUAGAGCGCAAAGUUAAGCUAAAGAUUUGACAGAGUCAAGGUAGUAAUUGCUUGCACUAAGCAUUGUGUUUACCGGCCUUGAGUGCUUAUUGAGGGUGAAAUAGCCAAAUUAGAUAUGCCAACAUUUUUUACGUGCAUUUUAGAAUCGGAAUCUUCUUCUUGUUGUCUAUUUAUGAAUAUCUUAGUGACUGCAGCUUUACACCUCGCUAUUUUGCCCUACUGCCUUAGGAAUCACACUUUUCCUAGAAUUCAGCAUUUUAAAACCUUAAAUUUUAAUUUUAUACGUUAAUUAGUAUGGAAAUCUGUGAUUUACGAUACAUUCUUGUAAGAUUUAUAUGUAGUAUUAAGUAGGUAUGUAAAAUUAAUAAUUUUGAGCAUUUAUAAACUCGUUAGCGGGUGAGUUCCUUCGUUUUUGUUAAUUGGUCAUUGGUAUAGCUGUGGAUUUUGAGUCAUAUAAAAGUAAUUAAUCAUCUCAGUAUGAAAGUUAGAUAAGCCAUGUUAGAUAUGCUCCACUGUUUCGAUAUAUCAUUACAUAUUUUUAGAGAUCUUUAAUUUGUAAAAUAGCAUUCAAUUAAUGUAAAAUUAAAAGUAAAAUAGUAUGUAAUUAGCUUAAUUACAUUUGAAACUCGAGUCCACGGCUCGAAUCGCUGUUCAUGUUUUUUUGUUUCAAAACUCCAUCGUAGAUUUGCGACUGUUUUUUUCCAUGGAGGAUAAAAUUACUAGCGGAGAUGUCAUGACGUAAAAUCCCCUGAGAAAGUAGCCAGCCAAAAUGCGGGUGUUUAGUGGACGAGGAACGUUACUAGCUCCGCCCUCAUACGCCUGCUUUAGAACCCGCCAUUUUUUUUAAAACCUAAUUUUCAAUCAAUAAAGACUAAUCUUUGACAAAUUCGUCUUGAUUUGACAAGGAAUCCGAAUGCCUUAGUUUCUAGUAACUAAUCACGUCUACCGUAUUACUUGACAUGUUAUGGCAUCUCCGCUCAUCUUUCUUUUCUCCAUGUUAUUGAAUUUUUUCAGUGUUUUUUCAAUAAAGAAAUGUGAUUGCAGUACAGGAGUUGUACAGAUGUGAUUGUCUUGUUAAUUACAGAGGAUAGUUUAUUUGCCAAAUACUUAUAUUCUCAUUAAAACAAAAUAAAAAUAAAGUUUUUUUUGUGAAAAAAA